UUUAGAAUUUUUACUGUGUGCUCGAGCAGCUGGUACAAAAACAAAUAUAAUAAUAAUAGCAAAGCAAUUAAAAGACAACAUAUGAUCGGGUUUUUGACAAUUUUCAACACGAGCGUUAUUUUCGUAGCUCCUUUCGCUGCGCGACUGCCGCUUUGUAUUCCGGUCUAAUAAGUCUGUCGUAAGAAGGCAGACGACUCGCACGUGUUUGUUUAGACUGUGUAUGGUUUCGAAGCGAAAGCACUUGCUUUCCGAAAACAUAAAAAAAUAUAGUAACAAAAUUACGAAUUUUCAUAAUUUGAAAAAGAAUUGAAAGUAAUUGGACUAAAGUAAAAAUUAUGUGGCGCUGUAAGUGAGCAGUCAAUAUAUGAAAACAUAACAAAGAAAAAUAAGAAGAAUUUUGAAUGUUUGCUAUAAUUGGAAAAAUCGAUAAUUUUCUUGGCUAACGUAAACAUUAUCGUGUGCGAAACGACAAAGCACGUGCUUUCUUCUAAUUAGUAAAUAACCGAAUAACUUGCAUUCCAAUAAGUCGCUGUCAGACUUUUCAUUCAAGUAUUUUGUAGAUGUUGAUAAAAAGCAAUCUUUAAGUUGAUACUCGACGUGGAAAGCUUUAUAUAGAAACAUACUUACAUACAUAAAUAUUCAACUUGCGCUUCGCAAAUAGCUUGAAUAAGUCUUUCGAUAUCGGAGAACAGUUCAAUUAAGAUGUCAGUCAUGACGCCGGAGAAAUCAAUUUUAGCUUACUUCAAUCACUUCAUAGUGAGCAACUUUUCAUAUUUACUUGAUGAGAUUGACGGCUAUUUGUAUUACUUUGGUGGUACGGCGGGCGUUAUCACAAUAACUGGUAUUGCAGCAGCGGCUACUUAUUAUUUAAAAUCGCGUCCCAUACCGGAAAAGCCGCUAGUGCCUCUGGAUAAUCAAGCGCCUAUAUUGGAGGGUCCUGAUCACAUACACGUUUCGAAAUUCUAUAAAGAAGCGAAGAACGGCAAAUUCAUCAGUUACAUUACCGAGAAUGUGCGCACGCUAUAUCAGACAUUUCGUGAAGGUGCCUACUCCUCAAACAAUGGACCGUGUUUGGGUUGGCGCGAGACACUCACAUCACCAUACCAGUGGAUCAAUUACGAUGAAGCCUUGCUACGCGCCAAGAAUUUCGGCGCCGGCAUGAUUGCUUUAGGUGCGCGUCCCAAACAAUUGAUUGGCAUUUACUCGCAAAACCGUCCCGAAUGGAUUUUAUAUGAGCAAGGUUGUUACAGUUUUUCUUUGGUUGUGGUGCCGUUGUACGAUACGCUCGGACCGGAAGCGUGUGCCUUCAUCAUGCGUCAAACAGAAAUGUCAUUGGUUGUUGUGGAGGAUGAUGCCAAGGCUUUGAUGUUGUUGGAGAAAGCGCCGCCCACGCUGAAGAUCAUAGUCUCAAUUAAGCCUAUAAGGCAGCAUACGCUGGAACGCGCCCGAAGCCGCGGCAUACAGAUAUUCUCUUUCAUCGAUGUGGAGAAAUUGGGCGCUAAGGGCAACCAUCCGGAAGUGCCGCCAGUAUCCGAAGACUUGUGCACCGUUUGCUACACAUCCGGCACUACAGGCAAUCCGAAGGGUGUGAUGCUCACGCACGGCAAUGUGGUCGCCGGCGUAUGCGCGGUGAUCUUGCAAAUGGGUGAACACCGCAUACGGGCAGGCGAUGUCAUGAUAUCAUUCCUGCCGUUGGCGCAUAUGUUUGAGCGUUGCUGUGAGAACGGCAUCUACUAUGUGGGCGGCUGCGUGGGCUUCUAUUCGGGCGACAUUAAGGAGCUGACUAACGAUUUGAAAAUGUUGAAACCAACCGUAAUGCCAGCGGUGCCGCGUUUACUUAAUCGCGUUUAUGAUAAAAUACAAAAUGAGAUUGCCUCGUCGGCCAUCAAGCGUACUUUAUUCAAUAUGGCGCUCAAGGCCAAGGAGAAAGAGCUCUCGCGCGGUAUUAUGCGUCGCAACGGCUGCUGGGACAAGUUGGUCUUCAAAAAAGUGCACCAAGCUUUUGGCGGCAAUCUGCGUCUGAUGGUUGUCGGUUCCGCGCCGCUGGCCGGCAAUGUCUUGACAUUCAUGCGCUGUGCACUCGGCUGCUUGGUGCUGGAGGGUUACGGCCAAACCGAAUGUACUGGCGCCAUUUCAUUAACCGUACAGGGUGACUACGUGCCGAAUCAUGUUGGACCACCGGUCUCCUGCAAUGCCGUCAAACUCGUGGAUGUGCCGGAGAUGGAGUAUUUUGCCAGUCAAAAUACUGGCGAGGUAUGCGUACGCGGCUCCAAUGUGUUCCAUGGUUAUUAUAAAGAUCCAGAGAAAACUGCUGAAGCUGUUGAUUCCGAGGGUUGGCAUCAUACUGGUGACGUCGGCAUGUGGUUGCCAAAUGGCACGCUGCGCAUAAUCGAUCGUCGCAAGCAUAUUUUCAAGCUUAGCCAAGGUGAAUACAUUGUGCCAGAGAAAAUUGAGAAUAUCUACACGCUGAGUCAGUACGUCAAUCAGGUGUAUGUGUAUGGCGAGAGUCUUAAGAGCUGUAUUAUUGCCGUCGUUGUGCCUGAUGUGGAUGUGCUCAAGCAAUGGGCUAACGAAAAUCGUGUCAAGGGCACACUCUCUGUGCUCUGCAAUAAUCAACAGGUCAAGGAGCUGAUUAUGAGCGAUAUGCUCAAUUGGGGUAAACAGAGCGGCUUGAAAUCAUUUGAACAAGUGAAAGACAUUUAUUUGCAUCCGGAUCCAUUUUCGGUACAAAAUGGCUUGCUAACGCCGACCUUCAAAGCGAAACGGCCACAAUUGAAGAGCUAUUUCAAGCCGCAGCUGGAUGACAUGUACAAACAUUUAGAUUAGAGUUGAAAUUUAUAAUAGCAAACCGUUUACGAAAAGCAUAGCGCUAAAGCUUAUCCGUGGCUAAUUUUGGAUACGAACAAAGCAAGCACUGAUAGCCAAUUAAAGCACUGCAGGGAAUAAUGAACCAUAUCUGCAAUAUGAAAUUCCUAAACGAAAAAUGCAAUUAGCGUAAAAAAUGCAAAGUUUCACAAAAUUAAAUUUAAUUAAAAAAUAAAAAUCGGAAAUUUGACUUCGUGGGGGAAAAUCAAUCAAAAAGCAAUUGCAAUAUUUUUAACCAGUUAGCACUUACCACUUUAAUAUAUAGCAGCGUAGCUGCAACUGAUUAUGUAUGGAAUGUAGUAAAUUUACCUAAACUUAUUUAGAGUACCGUUAUAACACGAGCAAAGUAAAACUUUAUUUAAAUUUCAGCAAAAACAAUUAUUAAAAAAAAAAUAACAAAAAUACUCUAUUUAUACGUAAAUAGCGCGCCUAACCAAUUAACAAGCAGCAAUUAUAGAAUUACAAUUACUUAUGAAUAUCGAGAAAACCAAAAAGAAGCAGUCAAAGAAGCGUAUCGUCACCUAAAAUGCAAAA